AUGGUGUUAGUAAACAAAGUUAGAUUCGAAGAUGUGAAAAUUGCUAAACAAUAUAUUACAAACAAAUCUGUUGGAUUUCUUUUUGAUUUAAAGGCAGGUUAUCACCAUAUUGAUAUAUUUGCUCCACAUCAGAAGUAUUUAGGUUUCUCGUGGAAGUUUGAAGGGGUUGAAAAAUAUUAUGUAUUUACAGUUUUACCUUUUGGAUUGAAAUCGAGUGGUUAUGUAUUUACAAAGGUAUUACGACCAUUAGUAGCGCACUGGCGGAGAAAGGGUAUUAAAAUUGUCGUUUAUUUAGACGACGGAUUAGGACUAGCUGAUGAUAGUGAGAUUAUCCAUAUUGGUCACUGGACAACAGCUUUUUAUUUGGUAAUGAUGGUCACUGAACUGUUAAUGAUUCGGCAUAGGAACGUCACUGGACUUGCACUGGUUUAUUGUGUUACGUUUGUCACUGGACAUAUGAAUUGUUAUGGUCACUGGACCAAGAGUAGUGUAGUAGUUGGACUACGCAUUUAAGGUCACUGGACCGACUAAAUGGAUUAGGAAUUUACAAGGUAAAUAUAGAUUUAUUUUAUUAUUACUGUUUUAAGAUUACUAUUUCCGUAAUUUUCUUUUAUUACAGAAAAUUUUUACAACUGGUUUUUGGAAACAGAGUCACAUAAUUUCUCAUCCACAGU